UCCCGGGUUAGUUUCUCAAUGGGCAUCUUUCAGGGGUCCUGCUGGACAAGUUUGGGGACUUAGGAUUGUUGAAAAGGAGAAACAGACAUUCCUGAAAGACAGGCUUUUCGUUGUGUAUCGAUUCCAGUACUAUGACGUAAUAAUAUUAAGGACAGAUGGUGUGCUCUGUUCCCAACACUGUACCUGAGAAUCCAAAGCUCUGUCUAUAUAUUCCGUGCCUGUACUCAUUCAUUGAUUAAACUCAAUAUAGCUAGCCACUCUGGGGAUCUCAUUUCUGGUCAAAUAUUUGGCCAAACAGUCCCUUAAUUUUGUGGAAUUUAAAAUUGGACUUAACCAGAACAAGUCAGAAUGUGAAGGGACUUGAACAAGCCAUGUUGAAAGUCGUUGCAGCUUGCAGUGAAUGAAAUUUACCUUCAGUUUUUUAGAUAGUAGAAAUAGCAAAGAAAUUUGACAUCAAGCGUUGCAAAAUGUUUUGCAAAUUUAGAUUAGGGUCAUAUUAAAGUGCCUUCCAUUGCAUAAUGGAAAAAGCAGGGACUUUAUAGUUAGAUCUGAGUUCAGAUUCUCGGUACAGACUUCGGUUGUGAACUCUAAGGCAAGAUAUGUAGCCUUUCUGAGAUACAGGGUCCACGUUUGUAAAGUGCCAUGUCCUGUUGAUUUGAUGAGCUAAUAUAUGUAAAGAAUUUAGUAUAUUAAUGUACAGUGACGUUUAGUAGUCUUGCUAGUUCCUUUAGUAAGUAGAUGACAGAUGAUGAAAAUCAGUUUUAGAUGCAGAAAAGUUGAGAGGUUUAGGUUGGGUGGAUAUCAGAAAAGUCUCAAAAUCUCAGGUCUCUGUCGUGAGCAUACUGUGGUGGAGUGGUGGAAAAAACUAGACUGGGACAUUGUAUGUAGUCUUGGCUCUGUCUAUGUAAGUAUUACUGUGGUCUUAGGUAGGCCAUUAUCAUCUUGGCCUUGGCUUAGUUGUAAAAAUGAGGCAAGUGGACCAGGUAAUUUUUUAAAAUUCUUCUUGUGGCCUGAAGUACAGCUAAAAGGUAGAAAAGAUAAUAGCUAACAUUAUUGAAUAACUACUGUGUAUUGUUGCAAUCACAUUAUAUAUAUCAACUCAUAAUGUUCUCACAACAAAACUAUGAGGUACAUACUGUUAUUAACCUCAUUUUACAGAUGAGGAAACUGAGGCUGAGAUGUUAAUCUUACCUGAGGUUCCAGAGCUUAUAAAUAGGAGAGCUAGCAUUUGAAUCCAGACCAUUCAUCAAGAAUUUUGUAUCCAAGGCCCAAAAGUUUGUUACCGAAGAUGAUGAAUGCUGACAUGGAUGCAGUUGAUGCUGAAAAUCAGGUGGAACUGGAGGAGAAAACACGACUUAUUAAUCAAGUGUUGGAACUCCAACACACCCUUGAAGAUCUCUCUGCAAGAGUAGAUGCAGUUAAGGAAGAAAAUCUGAAGCUAAAAUCAGAAAACCAAGUUCUUGGACAAUAUAUAGAAAACCUCAUGUCAGCUUCUAGUGUUUUUCAAACAACUGACACAAAAAGCAAAAGAAAAUAAGGGAUUGAUAUCCCUUAUGUCUUACGGAAUUGCUGCUGAUCUUUUUUUCUUUAAAACUUGGAUAGAUUCCAAAAGUUAUAGUACUUUUGUUUGUGGCUUCACUGAGUAUUUAUGAAGAUAAUGUCAGACCUAAGCAAAAUUAAGAGCAUAACAGAAGACUUUCAUGAGUUUGUGUAUUAUGUUAGUCUAUGAAAAUGUGCAAAGGUAUUGUAGAGACUUUAUAAUUAGAAAUGCAUAUAUUUAUGAAACUUGAAAAUGAAUGUUAUAUCAAAUUUGCUUUGAUUUAUAGGUUUAGCAUUGUCUUUAUUAUAGGCAUAGUUAGAGAUACAAGAAAAUAACCGUGUUGUGACAAAGUGACCAAAAUCACGUACUGAAUGCACAGCUUUAUAUACCCUGUCCACCAUCGUGUGCCUCUUCUCCAUUUGCUUUCUUCCAAUUUUCUUCCCCUAAGGAAAAAAUUGGUUUCACAUUUGUAAAAAGUAAUUUCAGUAGUUAAUCAUCUAAGAGAGUAGCCCGAACUCUGUUGAAACUUAACCAAAAUAAGAUAUUUUCUCAGUUUAGGGCUUAUUUGUUAUAUUUAGUAAUAAGAUAGGAUAGUUGGUUUCUGUUUAAUCAAUUGAAAACGGGGGCUAUAAAGAUGAAGAUUUUUUUUUGAAACUGAAUUAUCGUAUUGGGAAGAUUUGUUGUUAAAAACUUCCUUUGCACAAAAUAAUCCACUUGAUACCUGAAAAGAUGAGCUCUGGUUGUGUGUGUGUUUGAAAUAGAAAAUUUUGAGGAAAAAUAGAAAUAGGGUAGGAGAAGUAUUCAAUACUUGGUAAGUACUUGUAACCAACUCCAAACAGUUUUACUCCAGAUUUGUGUUAUCUCUGGCACAGAUUAGAUUUGGGCUGGGGGGGAAUAUAUAAGAAAAUGGGUUAAGUUUGGCUAACCUUAUAUAAACCAUACCUAGAAGAGAAUAAAAUUUGGUCUCAGGUUUAUUGCAGUACCCAGAUGAUCAACUUUGCAAAGUCCCUUAAAAACUGUAUUAGUAUCAGAAUCAUGAAUAAAAUGGGAGAGUUUUACAUGUAUACUAAUUGAUGCUUUCUCAGUAUUUUAUCUCACUACUUCUCCCAGAAUUUUCUGUAAACCCAACUACUGGUUUGCAGAGUUUUAGUCAUUUAACACUUUAAAAUUUAGUUUGUACAUUCUAUUUGGUAAAGAAAUCAGUAUCAGAAGUAAUGUUAAAAUAUUAAAUAGGAAAAGAGAUCCACUAAUAUAGUUUAUGGUUAUUAAAUUUAGGCUAAUCAUGGAAUAAUCUUAAUGUUUGUAUUGGUGUUAAGAUUUGAUGACUUUAGCUGUAUGAAUAUAUAAUAGUCAUACUGCAAACAUUUUGCAUCCCUUUGUGACCUAAUUUUUAAACAUUUAAAACUGUGUUGCCAUUAUGCUUUGCUGUUUAAUAAAAAGCUGUUUCAAAAA